AUGGUAGGAAUUUGUGGAAUAGCGGGAAUAGGUAAAACAACAAUAGCACGUGCAGUGUAUAAUUCAGCUGUUGAUAAUUUUGAUGGCAUGUGCUUUCUCCAUGACAUCAAAGAAAACUCAAGCAAGCUUGGCCUGCAUCAAAUGCAAGAAACAAUGAUUUCCAAGAUUGUAGGAGUGGAUAUCAAAAUACAAGAUGCUAAUGAAGGAGUUGAACUAAUAAGGAUGAGACUCAAACAAAAGAAAAUCCUUUUGCUUCUUGAUAAUGUUGACAGACCUGAGCAUCUAGAAAAAUUAGCUCUUAAUGAUGAAGAAUCUCUUGAAUUGUUAAAUUGGAAUGCUUUUAGAAACAACUUAGUAAAUCCAAGUCACAUGAUGGUGUUGAAUUGUGCAAUAAAUUAUGCACAAGGCCUUCCACUAGCUCUUGGAGUAAUAGGCUCGAACAUGUGUGGAAGGAAUAUAAAUGAAUGGAAAUCUGCCUUAGAUGCAUUUAAAUUAAUUCCUAACAAAGACAUUCAGCAAGUGUUGAAAGUGAGCUAUGAUGGCCUAGAGCAUUUCGAGAAAGAAAUAUUUCCUGAUAUUGCUUGUUUCUUUAGAGGGGAAUCUAUGAGGUACGUUAAAUAUAUGAUGGAAGCUAUUCAUGGCUUUAAUAAUCCAGGUUAUUCUAUUGGAGUGUUGGAGGAUAAAUGCCUCAUAAAGAUUCAAGAUUAUUACAUUAAUAUGCAUGACUUGAUACGAGACAUAGGGAGAGAAAUUGUUCAUCAAGAAUCAUCAAAUGAACCUAGAAAACGGACUAGAUUAUGGUUCCAUGAAGAUAUUGUUCAUGUUUUGGAAGACAAUACAAAUUCAGACAAUUUGAGUGUUUUCAAUCUUAGAGGUUGCCAAUAUAUUACAGUGAUACCUAAUCUAUCCAAUCUUAGAAAUUUGAAGGAAUUGGUCCUAGAGGAUUGCGAAAAUUUAGUUGAAAUUCAUGAUUUAGUUGGCUAUCUAGUGAAACUUGAAAUCUUGGAUGCAAACCAUAGUGUCUGGCUUAAGACGUUUCCACGUUAUCUGAAGUUACCCUCUCUUGAAGAACUCUCCCUUGACCAUUGCUCAAGUCUAGGGCAUUUUUUGCAAAUACCAGAAAAAAUGGAAGUGAAUUAUCUGAGUUUAGGAGGUACUAGAAUAGAAAAAUUGCCUUGGUCGAUUUGCAAGCUUACUCAGCUGGGAGAAUCAUCUAUUGGAAAGCACAAGAGGAUUGAACUUCCGAUGAGCAUUUUUCUAUUGCCGAAACUAGAAGUGCUAAGUGUUUAUGAUGGCGAAAGUUUGUUAUCAUAUAAUCAUGAGGAAGCCCAAGAAUAA